UUGAUAUGCGCAAUAGUUUAAUUUCCUUGCGUAGUAUGAAAACAUAGAAACCGUAUAUGAGUUCGACGGACUUAAAGCUUUACGAUGAAGAUCCUAUCCCUAUACCUAUUCAAAAGUUUGUGCUGGUUCUCGUUAGGGGAUUGUACGGAGAUCUUCACGGAUUAAUAACUGAAUAUCUGAUGAAAUUGAGAUAUGCACGCUCUGAAACUUUAGCGAAGAGAUUAGGUUUAGAAAAUAAACAAGUUUUAGAUAUCCUUUCAUCUAUGAGGGAUGUUAUUGCCAGUGAAGAAAAAAUUAAAGACAAGACUGAAGAUAUAAAGAGGUUUCGACACGGCCCUAAAAAGGAAUUUUAUUAUUACAUUAACUAUGAAACAAUUCGUGAAAUUUACUGCUACAAGAAAAAAAAGAUCUUCGAGUCUCUUGAAGAGCAAAAAGCUCAAACUUCUUAUGAAUGCGAAAAAUGCAAGAAACAAUAUACCGAGUACGAUAUUAUGUUUGGCAAUACUCGUUGCCGCACUUGUCUGGACGCAGAGAUUAUCGUAGUGGAUCGCGAGCAUCACGAAUCUCAAAAUUUUCGACUGCGGCAAGACUUUAAAACUAUCGCGCGAGCCUAUGACGAGUGUGCAGACAUCGUCAUCGAGGCUGAAGAUUUGCCUAACGUUCAAAAGAAGAAAUUGAUUGACCUCCAUCCAUUCGACAAUAAAGAGGCCUUGCGAACCAGUAAAGUAUCCAAUUUUGCACCGCAUAAAGAUAAUAUUAGAGAAAUUCACGUGGACAUUGGAAGAAAAAGUAGUCAAGAAAAUUUGACUUCUAUUAGCGAUAGUUAUGUAAUCUCGUACUUUUUAGGGUGUUUAUAUAGUAACGAGUCCGAAACGGAGCUGGUCGAAUGCGGAUUUAGGGGAUCUUCACUGAAUCAUUUGCAUGAAUUUGAUGGCUUUCAAAUUUGCUAUGAAACGACUGAUGAUUUUACUAGAGCCACCGCCCGAGUGGCAGGGAGAGUAACAGAGAUGCCUCAAGUGGAUCGGAGAAGUGAGGAUAUAAUGACGGACGAAGAAUAUGUCGAUUACUAUCAUCUCCGGUGCGCUAUAAUUAGGAAUCACAUAUGUGCUUUAUUUCGAUCUUCCUCGCAUUUAAAAAAUAAAAAAAAAAUAAAAUGA